AUGUUCUUCACCACCGUCCUCACCUCUGCCCUCGCCGGCCUCGCCAUGGCAUCCCCUACCGCCCGCAUGGACCAGUCCACCAAUGGCCUUGAGCAGCGCCAAAUCCUGCCUACGCAAUGCCUCGUCAAUUGCCUCACCGUCGUGUGCACCGCCAACCCUCUCGCUUGUUCGGGCUGCCUGCUCUCGUGCCUUAACCUUGCCGCCAACGAUGCCGGCGAGGUUGUCCUUAACGCCAUCGCCCUCGAGAAGGCAGUUGGCGACAAGGUUGAGGGCUAUGUUCCUCAGACCACCACCAAGGCCUAA